CAAACUCUCUUUUCUCUUCCACAUCUUGUGUGAGGACGUAGUGUCGCGUGAAAUACUCGUUUAAAUUUUGUAUUUUCCGAGUUAAAUCCCUUAAUUCCGUAACCAUGGCCGAUACGACCGAAGCCGAGGGAGUUAAGAAGAAGCGUGCGUUCCGUAAAUUCACCUACCGCGGGGUGGAUCUGGAUCAGUUGCUGGACAUGAAGCAGGAUCUUUUGAUGGAGCUGAUGCACAGCCGCGCCAAGCGCCGACUGAACCGUGGUACCCGUAGGAAGCCGAUGGCCCUCGUCAAGAAGCUGCGUAAGGCCAAGAAAAACGCCCCACCAAAUGAGAAGCCGGCUAUCGUCAAGACUCAUUUGCGGAACAUGAUCAUCGUCCCGGAGAUGGUCGGAUCGAUUGUCGGAAUCUACAACGGUAAGACCUUCAAUCAGGUUGAAAUCAAGCCGGAGAUGAUCGGUCACUACCUUGGGGAGUUCUCGCUGACCUACAAGCCGGUCAAGCACGGUCGGCCCGGUAUUGGUGCCACCCACAGCUCGCGAUUCAUUCCACUGAAGUAAAGCGGACUGUGUUUAAUUAUCUUAUGUUUUCUUUAUAAGUUGCCGAAGUGACAGUGGAAAAAAUACAAAAAGGAUUGUAAACAAAACAUGGUGAAAA